AUGGCAACCACCAAACAACGUCUCGCCCUCUCCAUCAUUGAUUUCCUCUCUACCUCCCUCAACGAUGGUACCCUCAACGAAGAAGAACGCGAAUCCAUCGAAGUCGCCCAAAACUGUAUUUCCGAGUCCUUCAAAGUAGACCCUACAGAUGCCACUCCUAAAGAUUCUCAAAACCUCCUCCAAAUCUAUAGCGUUUAUGAGACAUUAAGACAAUCCCAAAAUGCCACCAAGGCCACUCCCGCUGUUUCCAAACCCGCCGAUGAGAAAUCCACUGGCAAGGAACCCAGCGCCGAUGACAAGAAACAAGCCGAGGGCUUAAAGAGUCAGGGAAAUGCGGCCAUGGCCAAGAAAGAUUAUCAAAAGGCAAUUGACUUCUACUCGCAAGCUUUGGCCAUUAUCCCCGGCAACCCUAUCUUCUUGAGUAACCGCGCGGCUGCAUACUCGGCGUCCAAGGACCAUGAGUCUGCCAAGGCGGAUGCGGAGGCGGCGGUUGAUGCGGAUCCUCAAUAUACCAAGGCCUGGUCACGAUUGGGAUUGGCGAAGUUCGCAUUAGGAGAUGCGCGCGGAUCGAUGGAGGCGUAUGAGCAGGGCAUUGAAUAUGAAGGGAAUGGAGGAAGUGAUGCUAUGAAGAAGGGAUAUGAGACUGCCAAGAAGAGAGUCACGGAACUCGAGGCAACUGGAGGAGAUAAGGAUGAGGUUGCCGAGAGAGGUAUGCCUGGUGCUGGUGGAGCUGGUGGUAUGCCAGAUUUGGCCAGCUUGGCGGGUAUGUUUGGAGGUGGAGGAGCGGGUGGUGCCGGUGGUGGAAUGCCAGAUUUGAGCUCUAUCAUGAGUAACCCCAUGUUUGCGAGCAUGGCUCAGAACUUGAUGAGUAACCCAGAUGCUUUGAGUAGUAUUAUGAGCAACCCUAGAAUACGCGAGAUGGCUAGUCAAUUUGGUGGAGGUGGAGCUGGUGGUGCUGGGGGUGCCGCGCCGGAUCUUGCUAGUUUGAUGAGUGAUCCUUCUAUUGCUGAGAUGGCCAGAAACUUGGGUGGAGCAGGUGGAGCAGGUAGAGGUGCUGGGGGUGGUGCUCCUCAAUAA